AUGGAGUGAACUCUGCCAAACCCGUGCGGCUUCCUCCCCCGUGCUGCUGCGGGUGGUACGAAGAGGCAGAACCAUCCCAAUUGAGGCCGCUCUUCCAACCCAAGCAGAAAGAGAGAAGCAGGAUGGCGGAUUGGGCGCAAGAUCACGAGCAAUGAUGUUGUUCCCCCUGGCCGCAGCGCCAGGCAAGCAGCACCAGCGGCAGCGCGUGAUAUAGUACAAGCGGUGGAGGUGCACAGUUCAAAGCGGCGUUCGACGCUCUCCUGGGGAAAGCCGCCCUAUUAGAACAGGUUCCUUACAUGCAGAUGCAGCAGAAAGCCGCCAUUCUGCACGACGUUAGCAGCAUGCUAGCGGAACUCUUGCGCCUGCCGAUGCUGGAUGGGUCGCUGAGCACGGAAAGAAAGUUCGUAGCAACCCUCGACGAGGGCGUGAAACACGCCUUGCAGGGUAAACAGUACGAUGCUGCGGGCAUGUGGCUCCACGGGAAGCUCAUGAGCUCCUCGGAGGAGGGCCAACAAGUGGAUAGAGCUCUGCUUAUCAAAGAGCUCAGUGGCGUAGCCAAGUUUAUUACGGUGCCAAGGGCAAGGGCGGAGGCGCCAUGCCGUGGGGUGGGCCCCCUAUGCAACCGAUCGCUUUAG